CGAGCUGACGCUUUCCUUGGCCUGCAGAGAGAUCCAUCAAGGGCAGACUCGGAGGAGGCUCGAAUGUGGCAGUAAAGAAGCGAGCAUCCAGCAGCAAGCAGCGCGCAGCUUCUGACGAUUCCGGUCCGCGUUACAAAGACGACGACGAGGAUGAAGAGCCUGCUGCCGAUCAUGUGCAUUCUGAUGCCUCAUCCGAGUACGAUCCAGAGCUCAACAGACGCAUCUCGAGCGCAAAGAGAGCCAUGGCCACCCAGGGCAAGAAACGCAAGUCGAAAAGACCCGAAGGCGUCAGCGAUGACGAGCUGUCCGAGUCCAACGAAAGUGAUGAGGAAUACGAAGAAGGCGAGUCCAAUCGCUCGCCGCACAAGCGAACAAAGAGUACAUCGAGUGCACCGGUGUCUGCUUCGAAAGAACGCGUCAGGGAACGUACGAAAACGACACCCAAGCAAACGGCUCGACAGGUCUCUUCUUCCAAAGCUCGACCGAGUUCAUCGACCAUGGAGACUGCUAAAGCGCUAGAGGCUGCCAAUGCCAAGCGAGAAGCAUGUACGAAUCAGUUUGCGUCGGUCUUUGAUCCCAUCUUUGAUAGACCUCCUCCCGGUCUUGAGAUCUCAAAGCCAAAGAAGAAGGAAGCCUGCCCUCGUGCUCGUAACUUUGCCAGUCACGUCGAGAAGGAACUCAUGAAAUCUUACGGCGAUACAGACCCGAGAGGGUUCCCUGUGCCCGGGCAAAAGUACAUUGAUCGAUUCAGAACGCUCUAUUCGAAUCUCAGAUCGAAUGCCGACCUGAAAACUCGGAUCGCUCGCUCUGAUAUUGACGCCAAUGCUCUCGUCAACAUCACAGAUCACGACUUACAAUCUGCCGAAUUGCGCGCCAUGGCAGAAAGCGUGAGAGCUCAGAGCAUGAAAGGCAGCGUCAAGCAGCGCAUGGAGCUGCCUUCGGCCAAGAUCACCCACAAAGGUAUGGAAGCGAUCGAAGGGAGCUCAGAUGCCUUCGUCGCCGCUGAAAAGGCCAACAAGCGCGCGAUGGACGAUCAAUCCGAGUUGCAAAAGCCUGCCCUGUCAAAGAGCAUAUCCGGACCUGAAUCUCCUGGCGAUCUCAGAAUUUCUCAAUCGCCCCUUGCACGCUCUCAAUUCACUCCUGCGAUGGAUUCGCCAAUGAAAGACGAUGAAGAUGGUACCGGUCAAGCCAUGCCAUCACCUCAGCUCAAUCGAACGCCAUCGAGCAGCAAGGCUAAUUUUGACCUCAACUCGCUUUGGGGCAACGUCCGGCCAAAAGCUGCUAACUCGCCUGAGAUCGGUCCUGACGGCCUCAAGCCCGAGAGCGGUACGCCCGAAGGCAGUCCACCUCCAGAUGAUGCUGCGCCUCAAUUUGAUCCUUUCGACUUUUCUGCGGAUCGUACUGCCGAAGUUGACUUUCAACUCGAUGACCACAGGCCAGAGCCACCUUCGCCUUCGGUGAAGAUUCCUGCCGCUCGUACUGUUGGUGCAAAGGACGCGCCAAAAGUAUGGUCAGGCGAUAUCAUCACAGUCGAAGACGGCGGAUUCCCCGCUAGCGCGUCACAAGUCGCAGGCCGGAAUAUUGGAAGUUCACCAGAAACGUGGAAGCAGCUCAUGUCUUCUACACUUCACGUCGCUGGUCGGAUCGAGACCAAGAAGGCUACAGACUACCUCGUGCAAAAUGUCUUUGCGCCCAGUCGGGAGCUUUUUGUUAUUGCUUUUGAUCCCAUCUUAAGCGGCCCAUCAACAGCAUACCCAGAAAGGCCGGUGGCAGAGAAAACCCUGCGCUAUCACGCACAUCUGAUCAAGCACUUCGGAAGCAAGAAGAAACCGCGCGUAGGCGUCAUCUCACCACCCAAGAAAUCUGCCAGCAACGUCAAAGACUUUUAUCUUGUCCCGUUACUUGCCACAGAUCCUCUGCCUGAAUAUGUAGAGCUUCUGGAAAGACAGAAUUUGGGCGAGAGACGUGAGCGCGAUCUCUUCCUGGGCGUCUUCGUCGUCUCGAGAGGUCAAUUUGCCACCGUCGAGGAAGCGAGGCCGAUAGCAGAGGCAACCGCACCGGCUGUGUCCGUUGUGCCUGCAUCACGUCCCGGUCCCGUGGCUUCACAGUCCGCUGCUGAUCAGGCCAUGGCCUUGAUCGCGCAAUUGGCACCCCAGACGGCAUCGCAUGGUCUGCCGAGUCCCGCGCCAGUUCCGCCUCAAGCGCGCUCAGCUGGCGAUAUCGCUAACCUAGACCAAUCCGCACUCGAAAGUCUGCUGAACGAUCCCUCGACCCUGCAAAGCUUGCUAGCGGUUGAUAGCAGUCUGAAAGCAAGCUUCAUGGCAAACCCUAAUCUACCGGCUGCGUUGACGACCAACACGGCAACGACACGCACUGUAGCCAACGCGCCAGGCUUGAUUCAAGAGAUGCAGAGCAACGCACGUCCUGCUCAGCCAUACAUACAUCCAAGUCGGGCGCAGGCCAUCCUCAAUCAUGGCCAGCCGUAUCCGGGUCCACCGAAUUACGGACGAAGAUGAUGCCAUUUUGUUGACUGAAAUAGUAGUGUAGUAAUAUGCAAUGAAGUGACUAUAGCAUUAGGCUUGA